GCCAAGUUCUGAUAACAGGCGCCACAGCAUCCGGGAGAGGAUGUCCAGUACCAACGAGAAAGGGAGCCUGUCCAUGGAGUCCACCAAGGAGACCCGGUACUGUGCUGUCUGCAAUGACUACGCUUCAGGCUACCAUUAUGGGGUCUGGUCUUGUGAGGGCUGCAAAGCGUUUUUCAAAAGGAGUAUUCAAGGGCACAAUGACUACAUGUGUCCUGCUACUAACCAGUGCACCAUCGACAAGAACAGAAGAAAGAGCUGCCAGGCUUGCCGACUAAGGAAAUGCUAUGAAGUGGGAAUGAUGAAAGGAAUCCGGAAAGACCGCAGAGGUGGGCGAAUGAUGAAACAAAAACGUCAAAGAGAGGAGCAGGAUUCCAGGAAUGGAGAGGCUUCCUCUACAGAGCUGCGAGCUCCCACCCUAUGGACCAGUCCACUGGUGGUUAAACAUAACAAGAAGAACAGUCCAGCCCUGUCCCUGACGGCAGAACAGAUGGUCAGUGCCUUGCUGGAAGCUGAGCCACCCAUAGUUUAUUCUGAAUAUGACCCAAAUAGACCAUUCAAUGAAGCCUCUAUGAUGACCCUGUUGACCAACCUUGCAGACAGAGAAUUAGUGCACAUGAUCAACUGGGCAAAGAGAGUUCCAG